ACGUAUUAACUGUUUGAUUGAUAAUUAAUAAUAGGUUCAGUUCUUGAUUGACGUAUAUAAAACCAAAAAUUUACGAAAAUUCUUGAAAUGUAAAUAAAUAAAUAUUAUAAAAUAAAUUGGUAUAUAGUACAAUAAGUAUAUAAUCAGCUUUCCUAAUUUUAGAGUGGACAGAAACUUGCAGAAGUGUGCAAUUUCAUGAUGUUGGAAGUUAUAAAUGGUUUCCUUUUGAUAUAUUUUGUUAUCUUAUGCACUAUUAGUACUCUGGUACCGCAUCUAGUAAAGCCAAUCGUAACUUGCUUUAUUAGACCAUCAAAUGAGGAACGCACAAUGUGGGCUGAAAUCCAAAAACUUAAAUCUGCUCAGAAGACUAUAUCAAUGAAAGAAGAGUUUGCAGCAUACUCCAAAAUUCAACGCAAAAUCAAUAAAAUUGAAUCUGAAUUGAAAGACAAUUCACAAUCUCGAAUGAGCAAAAGUUUAGCUAUUAAAAGCUCUGUGCAGAUUGUAUUUCAAGUUGUUGUUGCAUUAAUUAUGAUUCUGUCUGUAAUUUGGUUUCGACAGGAACCCAUAGUAGCUUUGAAGGGUGACCUGUUUCCACUGACCACUAUGCUUAGAUAUCCAAGCAGUAUGCCCAAUGCUAUUUCUACACAUAUGUGGGUAAUAAUUUCGAACUUUUCUAUACGGACUUUAUUGAAGCCUGUACUAUCUUAGUUUUUGUUAAUAAAAAGGAAGAUGAAAUAAAACAAAUACAUAA